UCCCAACUUAGGGGCUUUUCCUCCAAAUUUAAGGGUAAAAUGUAGCAUGGGAUGUUUUCAGGGAUUUUUAUACCUUCAAAUAUUUAUUUUUUUUUAAUUUCAAAUUAAGUAAAAUAAAGGUGUAAUAGUAUAGAUAUAAAAACUUAAUGUCGUAUACAAACUCUAUUAUGUACACUCGGUGAAUUUAUAAUUAUCAUGAUCAAGCAUGAGUUGUCAAAAUAUAAUCAAGGAAAGUUAACCUCUGAUAUCAAUAUAUUACUUGCUAGGCAACAGGUGGUUGUUUAGAGCUGUAUUGAAAAUGACGAUAUUAGUAGUUAAUAAUAAAGAUAAAGUUAUAGAAGAACUCGGCAAACUCAUUGAAGAAACAGCCAAGAAUAGUAUUAAAAAAAAUGGAAUAUUUUUAAUAGGAUUUUCCGGUGGAUCGCUUGUUAAUUUUCUUACAACUGCGUUACCAAAAAUCAAGACCGACUUCUCAAAAUGGAGAAUUUUCUUUUGUGAUGAAAGAGUUGUUCCUGUAAGUGAUCCGGAAUCUACAUUUGGAGUGUAUAAAAAAGCAUUCAUUGAUUCAGGUGCAGUUGAUUUAAAGGAAAAUCAAUUUAUUCAAAUCAAACAAGGUGUAUCAGCUGAAGAAGCAGCCGUUGAUUAUGCUAACAAAGUGAAACAAUUUUUCCCUACAUCCGACGUACCUCGGUUUGAUAUGCUUCUCCUGGGUAUGGGACCAGAUGGACAUACUUGUUCUCUAUUUCCAGGGCAUAAAUUAUUGACUGUAACUGAUAAAUGGAUUGCUCCUAUCACAGACUCUCCUAAACCACCGCCGAGCCGAGUAACUAUGACAUUUCCUGUUCUUAAUAAUGCCAGAGUUUGUGUAUUUGCGACUUCAGGCAAAGAAAAAGCUCAUAUGAUUAAGAAAGUUUUGGUGGAUAAAGAAGAUCUUCCAGCAACUAAAGUAAAUCCUCAUUCAGGAAAUCUUUAUUGGAUAGUUGAUAAGGAAGCUGCUGAUUCACAUCUAUAAGGGUUUUAUUAUUUUUUCUAGAAUUAAAAGUUAGAUUAAAAUAAAUAUUUUGUUAUAUUGUC